AUGCGCAAGAAGAAGGCACGAGAGCCCAAGAAGAUCGCAAAGACGGCUCGAAAGCUUCGAGGAAUCAAAGCGAAGCUUUUCACGAAGAAGAGGUACUCUGAAAAGGCUACCAUGAAGAAGACAAUAAAGGCUCACCAGGAAAAGGAUGCAAAAACAAAAGAUGCUGAUGAGGUGAAACCUGGAGCGGUGCCGGCCUACCUGUUGGACAGAGAGCAGGUGCGAAGAACGAAGGUGCUCUCAAACAUGAUCAAGCAGAAAAGAAAGGAGAAGGCAGGCAAGUGGCAAGUGCCGAUCCCCAAGGUGAAAGCCAUGACAGAGGAUGAGAUGUUCAAAAUCCUUCGGUCGGGCAAGCGCAAGAAGAAGGCAUGGAAGCGUGUCGUAAACAAAGUCUCCUUUGUUGGCGAGAACUUCACGCGAAAGCCUCCGAAGUUUGAAAGAUACAUCCGCCCGGCGGCUUUGAGGUUCAAGAAAGCGCACGUGACUCAUCCAGAGCUGAAGAUGACAUUCUGUCUGGACAUAGUGAGCGUCAAGAAGAACCCGCAGUCUGCUCUUUACACCUCUCUUGGGGUCAUCACGAAAGGCACCAUCAUAGAGGUCAAUGUUUCUGAACUUGGCCUCGUAACUCAGACUGGGAAGGUCAUAUGGGCCAAGUAUGCACAGGUCACCAACAAUCCUGACAUCGACGGUUGCAUUAAUGCUUUGUUGCUUGUGUAG